AUGGAUAGAGUAGUGUGUCCCGAAAAUGCAGAGGUUGUGGAGUUCAUGUUGAAAAAACAAAAGGAAAUGGUGGAUUUAUCGGAGAAUAACGUUAAGACGAUAUCGAAGGCCUGCUUGAAGGUUUGCAGUUCCAAGACCCCAAUCAAAACCCUAAAGGACUUCUCCAAUGUCAAAGGUGUUGGAAAUUGGAUCUUGAGAAUCAUGAAAGGUUUCUUUGUUGAUGAAGAUGAGAAUGAAGAGAUGAUAGAAAGUGGGAAAAGAAAAAAGGGAAACAAGCAAUAUGUGCCUCAAAAAAACUCUGCAGCUUAUGCUUUAUUGAUCACUCUUUACAGGGGAACAUCUAAUGGAAGUAAUUUUAUGCGAAAACAAGAGCUAAUUGAUGCUGCUGAAGCAAGUGGAUUGUCUCGUUCACCUAUAAUGCCUGAAAUAGGAAAGGGGAAAGCAGGCCAGUUUGGAGUUAGCUCAGGCAGGGAUUGGUAUAGUGGAUGGAAUUGCAUGAAAAAAUUGAUAGAUAAAGGGUUGGCUGUAAAAUCAAGUAACCCUGCAAAAUAUAUGCUGACUGAGCAAGGAAAAGAAGCUGCACGUGAUUGUAUGUUGAGAUCUGGAUUGGUUGAUUCUACAGAUGAGCUUGCUGAUGUGGAAAAAACUUCAGAUUUAACCCAAAAAAAUCUGAAAGAUUCAGUGUGCAUUGAUGCUGAGUUGGUUGAUGAUGUGGCAUCUAGGCAUGUUUCUUCAAGUUUGCAGAAAAAACCAGUUGAGAUUCCUCCAGAUACUGUUGAUAAGCUUGUGCGAAUGGGAUACUCAAAAGAACAAGUAAUCCGUGCUUUUUAUGAGGUCUCAAAAAAGUCACCAAAUGAAGAACCUUCUUCACUUUGGCUAUCUGUUUUAUGUUCUCUUCGUGAAGUCGAAGUCUACAGUGCACCUUUGACCAAUGUUCCAAAAGUCAAACGUCAUCAUCAUCAUCCAUCAUCAAGCUCUUUCACUCAUAAAGAAACUACACAACUCCCGACUUCAAUCAAACCUUGUUCAUCAUCUGAUGAGAAUGUGAGGAAGAGAAGUAGGAAUGUUCUAGAAGCUAAAUCAAAUGUUCUAUCGAUGCCACCUUUGACACUUGGAGACCGAUUCGAGGAUGUAUAUGAAGUGGUUUUAAUAUUAGAUGAUCGGGAAAAAUUCACCAAGGAGUCAAGGUCUAGAAAGCUUCUUGAGAAUAUCCGACUCCAUUUUAAGAUACUAAUAGAGGUGAGGCGAUUACCUGUGGGAGAUGGAAUUUGGUAG